AGCUCUUGCAACUCCACAACUCUCAACACCACCAUCGGUUCGUGGCCAGUCACUUCCUCUGAUACCAUUUUCAGCAUCGCCCUCUCCGCCAACCGCGGCGUCUGUGACAUUGCCCGUGCGAACCGAAUGGCCGACGCUGAGCUUUUGGUUGCAGGCGCGAAACUCCUCAUCCCGGCCCAAGUCUGCGACCUUGACUCAUCCAGCUGCCUCAUUGCCAGCCAGAUAAACUACACCGCUACCUGCGUGCUGGGAGGCCCGCAUACCUACGACACCUUCGUCAAUGACACGUACCAGAAGAUCGCGGCCAAGUUCGAAAUGGCCGUCACGGCGUUGACCAACGCAGACCGGAUGCCGGUCGAUCCGAGCCAGACGCCUGCUGUGGGCACAACGCUCAAGAUCCCGCAGUGUAGUCCGAGCCAGUGUGUGGUACAGCCGUACGAGUUUUUGUAUGGGACGUAUGUGGAUGUGGCAAAGAGGUUCAAUACCACGGUGGGUCAGAUUAUGGCAUUUAAUCCGACAUUUAGUUAUAGUAACGAUGCGAAUCCCGAUGAGGGGCCGGUGAUUACGAUGCCGAUGGAUUGUAAGGCACUGGCGGGGAAUGUGACUGUCAUUUCGUAA